UGUUCAGACAAGUCGCGCGUAGACUGUUUUUCAUUUUAUUUUGGUUUUGGGCAUCUGAUGUAUUUACAGUAAACUGUUAGUAGUCUUAUACACUUUGACUGUACUCGCCUUUGAUUUUUUUCAUAAAUCAGAUUACUGUGAUGGAAAAUACCUACGUCUGUGCUUUGCUUCUCACAAGUCUCAUCAUGUCACAAGCAGAUGAAUGCAUAGUUGGAGUAAUAGGAGAAAAUGUCCAACUUCCCUGUAUUUAUGAUGGGGUGAAAAAUAUGACAUCCCUGCUCCUCUCAUCUGAAUGGAAAAGACACGUGGAAGUUAUACACACCACAAACUGGACGAAGCAGCAGGAGGACACACAAAAUGUGUCCCGCAGUACCACUGUUUCAUCUUCGGUCCCAAAUUCUGGAGACUUUAUCAUGGUGUUGCGUGGCAAACGUUUAUCAGAUGCACGACAUUACAGUUUUCAUCUAAAGCUUCAAGAAAACUGUAUUCUGGUUUGCACAGUCUGCCUCACUGUAGCAGUUCAUUUUAGCAAUACUACUGUACUAAGAGAGAAUAUAGUGAAUGGAGAGAAAACCCUAUUGGUGUUUAACACUAGAGGAGGAUUUCCAGCUCCAAAUAUUUACUGGAUUAUAAACCACACACAGCGCCCUCCAAAAACAACAAUCAUCACAUAUGUGAACACUCUGCCAAAGUCUCAACUCUACAACAUCACAAGUGUCUUAUCCAUCAACAUCUCACCAGACACUGUUAUAGCCUGUGUCAUAGACAACGAUAUGUUAAAUGAAAUGUUGACUACAACAAACUAUGGUGUAAAGUCAAAUAUAGAGGAUGGAUGGCUGUCGAAAUAUCUGUGGAUGUUUAGCACGGUUCUGUGCGUGGUUGUUUUUCUACUGGUGGCUGCGUCUCUUUGUUACCAAAGGAAACUGGACCGAGAUAUAAAAAGAAGAAAACAUUUCAGUUGUGGGGGUACAGACGUUCUGAAGAUUUUGAGGUUUUCCUGUGAUUCAUCUCUGGUUAGAUGUUUGAAUUGUGCGGACAUCUUUAUUUGUGUUGCAGAUUAUUCAUGCAGCGAGGAGAACAAGUUGAUCGUGAUGGAUAUGAAGCUGUGGGCUUCCCUUCCUGAGACAGAUGUAUAACGUGGUCUGCGAUUUCAUUGGUUGAUACCUCAUAGGCCUUUAUUGCACUGAUUAUUAAUACUGCGGCCUUACGGUGUCAUUUCUUACUCUGAUUCGGUAGUGAAUCAGCCGGAAUAUUCUAUUCUCACAAAUAAUAAGUAAUGAAUAUAUUCUAUUUAUUGGAAACCACAUUGGAUCAAAUCACGGUUCUGUUAAACUUGUGCUCUUUAAAUAAAAUGUGCCUCGCCUAUUCUGUCUUUUUGUAA